UCAACCCUGCCCUCUCUGCUGUGCUUGCCUCCAAAUAAUUUUUUCCCCUCCGCUUUUGCUGCCUCGUCUUCUCUAGAUCUUAAUUACCACGAAAUUGCAAUGAGCUAGCUCGUGUUUGCGAGUAUAGGUAGCUAGGUAGCUAGGCGUAGGGGAGGUUGCCGGAGAGGCAGGGAUCGAUGGAGGUGUUCAUCCACGAGGAGUACGUGCACAAGCGGAGGGAGCAGCGGCGGCGGCGGGGACGGCGGCCGGCGGCGGUAGCGCUGCAGCUGCUGCAGGUACAGUCGUCGUCGACGACGACGAAGCCGGAGAAGAAGGCGGCGGCGGCGGCGGCGGCAGGAGGAAGGCGGCCGCUGGCUCCACUUGCAACGGAGCUUCAGGAUAGCCCGUGGGACCUACCGGCCGGCAGCGGCGGCGGCGCGUCACCGUCCGACGCCGCUGGGUCUCCGGCGGCGGCGGCGGCGGCUACCGUCUCCUUCGCGGACCAUCUCCUCGGCUACCUCUAGGUGAAGUACAGAGAUCGGUUGAUUAAUUAGCUAGCUAUAUAUGCGUGUUUCCAUCGUCUGCCUGUAAUUAAGUUGGAUCAGGUAAUAAUAAAUCCGUUGGCAUGAUUUUAUUCUUGUCCGAGCUAGCUAGUGUGCUAGUGUGUUCGAUUUUUCUGCUUUUUGUAAGCAUGAAAUUCUCUCGUGCUGCUCAACGUGAGAGUCCCUUGUAGGAGGCACCAAUAUUUUUGGAGUUGAUCAAGUGGAAUUAAUAGUGGAUUA